CAAGUUGUCCCUCCUCCCCCGGCAUGCCCGAUGAAGGCGAUCCGACCUGCAUCGUCGAGGGACUACGUCGUGCAAUGGCCGGAUAUCAUGAUCGGGACGUGGGACCAAUUUCCGAUGGUGGCCCACUUAUGGACUGCGGAGUUGCAGCGGCCGCCCUCUGGGGUUCCUCCCAUGUGUGACCAUUACUACAUGGAAUGGUUCAACCGGUAUUCGCACCCGAGGUUGAUCGCAGAUCUCGACCACAGCGAUGAUGAUUAUGUGCCACCGCCUACUGCCAUGGAAGCGUGGAUGGGAAAGAUAAUGCAGGACGUACAGAAACUCUCUCUUGAGAAGGACAUCAUGAGUGCAACAGUGAGAGCUGUUGUUGAUAGUCUGGAACAGACCCUUGCGCAGUGGGAGUCGUCGUCGAGGAGGGAUUACUGAUGGUUUUGUCAUUUU